AUGCCAAAUGCAAGUCAAAGUCUUAGUACUUUGCUAUGUAAUAGUAUGCAAAUUCCGAAAUUCAGAGAAAAGGCAUUUUUAUCUAGAUUUCUUUUCACUAAAUCCAGUGUGACUUGUAACUUAACAGUAAUUUUUGUCAUCCACUGUGCUCCACUUUUGCAUCAUUAUACCACCAGCUACUUUAUUCAGACUAUGGCAUAUGCUGAUCUUUUUGUUGGGAUUAGUUGCUUAAUUCCUACCUUGUCAUUGCUUCACUAUUCUGUAGGUGUUCAUGAGUCCUUAACUUGUCAAAUUUUUGUAUAUGUCAUCUCUGUAUUGAAAAGUGUUUCUAUGGCCUGCCUUGCUUUCAUUAGUGUGGAUCGCUAUCUUGCAAUCACAAAACCACUCUCCUAUAACCAGUUGGUCACCCCCUGUCGAUUGAGGAUCUGCAUUAUUUUGAUUUGGCUGUACUCAGGACUUAUCUUCCUGCCUUCCUAUUUUGGUUGGGGAAAGCCAGGUUAUCAUGGAGACAUUUUUGAAUGGUGUGCAGCUUCUUGGCUCACCAACGCCUAUUUUACUGGAUUUAUUGUGUGCUUACUCUAUGCUCCAGCUGCCUUUAUAAUCUGUUUUACAUAUUUCCACAUAUUCAAAAUUUGCCGGCAGCACACCAAAGAGAUAAAUGACAGGAGAGCUCGGUUUCCUAGUCAUGAAGUAGAUACUGCUGCAGAAACUGGACAUAGCCCAGAUAGCCGCUAUGCUAUGGUUUUAUUUCGUAUAACCAGUGUGUUUUAUGUGCUCUGGCUGCCCUACAUUAUAUAUUUCAUGCUAGAGAGCACAAAGGUGUUGGAAAAUCCAGCACUCUCUUUUGUAACAACCUGGCUUGCUAUUAGCAAUAGUUUUUGUAACUGUGUAAUAUAUAGUCUGUCAAAUAGUGUUUUUAGGUUGGGACUUUGGAGAUUGUCAGAGACAAUAUGCUCAGUUUGUAUAUGUAAAAAAGACAGUGUGGUUCGAGAGCCUGUUCCUAGAAAACGGGCUAACUCUUGUUCUAUGUAAGGGGGUGGGGGGAUGGAAAUAGGCAAUCUUGUACAAUCCGACAUAUAGGCUUUGUAAUAUCUGUAUGUUGUUAGCCUAUAAUUUGAAGAAGUAAUAUUCAUUGUAAACACGAAUUAUAUUUUGCAAGAGUAAGAAAACAUUGGUGGAAAGGUGAUGAGUAGGGGACUAGUAAAUGCAAGCAAAGCUUCCAGCAGAUUGAAUUUAAACCCAGACUAUUUUAAUAACAAAAUUGUCACUUAUGAAUAUGUAAAAAAAUUGUGGUAGUAGUAUAAGUACUGUAUGUUAUUUUAAAAUGCUUAUUUGUGGAGGAAUACAUUUUUCCCCUAAUGUUAUAUAUAUAGACGAACUAAUUUUCUUUUGUUCUUUUGGGGUCUGUGACUCAAUUGUUUGGGAACAUUUUUGCUGUUCAGUGCAGAGCAUGCAUUUAGCAUGUAUAUGAAAUGGUUUUAAAAUGUACAUUUUGUAUUCUGUAUCAUGUGGUUUUCCUAAACUAUUAUUAAAUCAUUGUUUAACACUGGAAUAAAUAAUUUUUCAAUUGACUGUAAAGUCCUUUUUCCCCCCUGAAAAAAUCCUAUUCAGGUUCUAAAGGCAUUAAUGCCAAAUGCAAGUCAAAGUCUUAGUACUUUGCUAUGUAAUAGUAUGCAAAUUCCGAAAUUCAGAGAAAAGGCAUUUUUAUCUAGAUUUCUGUAAUUAAUGUAAGGACAUUAAAAAUGUUGGACAGGAACCAACUAUUAACCAACGAUUUCUAUAGAACAAUUGAGAACACAUAAUCUCAUUUAGUUUCACUAAAUCCAGUGUGACUUGUAUAGCUUUAUUUUGUAUAGGGUUUGCUCCAAAAAUAUUAGUAAACCAUAUUAAAAAUCUUAGCUCAAGUUGUUAUUGA